CCGUCUCUCACUCCCCAGACUUUGCUCCCCUCCAAAGAGGUUUAUCCAGUAGUAAGAAGUAGCCUAAAGUUAAUUGAGGUUGAUACGAUUAGCAACGGUGUUGACACACAAACUCACACACUCAAAGUUCAAAGAGCUUCGUGUGCAGCCCCUCCAUUAAUGAACUGUUUGCGGCUGAGUCACACAUAAUUACGUUUUGAUUCAUUCAUUUAUUUAUUUAUUUCAAGCGCAUCGAAUCACCCGGGCUCAGAUCACAGCUCUAAUUUGCAAUGUGCCCAACAGACACAAAAUCACUGCACUGAUAUACAGGCUUUCUGUCAUGAAGAAAAUAAAAUAAAUUGUUCUUCCCAGGCCAGAGAUAGGCUACUGAUUUGCCUUUCCAUCUGAUAGAGCUCAUAUCAGGCUUGAAAUCCACAAAUCGUCUUCAGUUUUAACUCUGUUGACAGAAAACAUACUCACAAAGUCUGUGAUGUGAACAGCAAAGAAAUCUCAUGCCCUGUGAAUAUCUCCGCUUAAAACAGAAUAACUUGUAUUAGUUUAAAGGCUAAUUUUGCCUUGAAAGAGCAGAUGAAAAUUGAUAGCAGAUCAUAAGUACCAUGACAAUUCUAGGCUGUGGCUGCAACUUCUCUAAACCGCUUGCGGAAAAUAAACCCUCCAAAUCAAUGUACAGCAAAAUCUUGAUAAAAGGUAGACACAUCAUAAGCAUGCUGUUCUCUAAAGGGUGGUGGUUAGCCCAAAGAUUCCCUCCAGUAGGCACUAAAUGAGUUGGCAGCACAGUAUAUGAGCACUGACAAAGCUGAAUCAAUACUGGCCACAGACCAAAACCAAAGGACCGGAUGUGCUGGACUGGGAAUUCCAUAAGAGCGACGAGAAAGACUUUGAGAGAGAACAAAUAUACCUGUACAGUGUCCGUUUGUCUGAGCUGAUGCGAGCACUUUGCAGCCUCAGGAGAAUUAACCAGGCGUCUGCCACCUGACCCUGUUGACUCCGACCAUCCUGGGCUCAGCUGAUACGCGUGCCGUGUGGCCCUGACAUGAGGAGGACAAAAAAAGCAGGAGGAGUGGGAGGAGGCUGACGACAGAAGGACCAGCAGGCAAUGAAUGAUUAUGAUGACUAGGGCCAUCUUGCUUGCCUCAGCCCCCCCACCCCCAGUAGAAACCCCGGCCUUGGCCCUGGCUCUGGCUCCCACAUGGACUAGUGAUCUGGCUCGGGUCGGCGUGGGUGAAGUGUCACCACCAGGCAGAGUCUGGUCUGUCUGCUGUUGGGGAUGACAGAAGGAGGAGGGGGAGGAAUGGAGAGGAGAGUAGGGGAGAGGAGAGGAGAGAUGCACAUAACGGAGGAUGCAGGAGAUAGGAACCCCGCUGAAGAGGACCUGAAGGAGUUUAAAAGACUGAUCCUAUCAGUCAUCAUUCUGCCAAGGAGAAGAAAACUCAAAACUCCGAGCAGCAUGGUCGGAAUGCCGAGUGCUUUAAACUACAGUAGAGAGAAGAAGAGCCCUGCCAUGCCCGGUUCUCCUGUGGAUGCUAAGACUCAUUCCAGAUCAGCCCCCAGCAGCAGCGCCAGCUCCACAAUGCCACCCCUGCCUUCUGUCAACCCCAGUGGCCCUCGCCUGGCCUCCUUUUCCACCACAGCAUUGACCAAUGGGAAUCAUCAUUCCCCGCCAACCCUGAAUGCCGUGCCAUCUCCACCGCAGCGUUACAGCAACGGACCAUCCUCUUCCUCUUCCUCAUCGCUGGCUAACCAGCAGCUGCCGGCCACCUGUGGGGCUCGCCAGCUGAGCAAGCUGAAACGUUUCCUGACCACGCUGCAGCAGUUUGGCAAUGACAUCUCUCCUGAGAUUGGAGACAGCGUCCGAAGCUUGGUUCUGGCCCUCGUGAAUUCGACAGUUACUAUUGAGGAGUUCCAUUCACGGCUUCAGGAGGCCACCAACUUCCCCUUAAGGCCCUUUGUUAUCCCAUUUCUCAAGGCAAAUUUACCCCUUCUGCAGAGGGAGCUACUCCACUGUGCACGGGCAGCCAAGCAGACCCCAGCCCAGUACCUGUCCCAGCAUGAGCAUCUCCUGCUAAGCACCACCAUGGCCUCCUCUCCAGACUCCUCUGAGCUGCUGAUGGAGCCUCCUGAUACUGCAACCAAGAGACACAGCCCCAGCAGAGGUAAAGAGAACGGCUUCCAUGAACGUCCGCCCGUAGCCAUGGAGCCCACCGCAAAACGAAUUUGCACCAUCAGCCCCGCUCCCCGACACAGCCCUGCCCACCCGCUGCCCCUCAACACGCAGCUUCACCCGACCCCUCCACCCCUGCAACACUAUGCCCUGGAUGACAUUGCAGCACCACACAUCCUACACCGAGAGCACAGCCAACGCAUGUUGGAGAUCCGUGAGCUCAAAGACAGGCCCAGACUCCCUGGCACUAACGGGGGUUACCGCGAGGAGCCAGUGGACCACAGACUGACAGACCGAGAGUGGGCUGAUGAAUGGAGGCAUCUGGACCAUGUGUUGAACUGCAUUGUGGACAUGGUGGAAAAGACACGGAGGUCAGUGAGUGUGCUCAGACGAUGCCAGGAGUCCGAUCGCGAGGAGCUCAACUACUGGAGACGGCGUUCGAGUGAACAGGAGGACCCGCGCAAAGGAGGCUCGGGCUCCGCUCCCUUCUCCAAGACACAUAGCCCCCACUCUGCAGACUCGGACUCCCAGCGUGACUUUGCUCCACGGCCAGGCUCAGCAUACGUUACAGAUGAGAUCUGGAGAAAAGCUGAAGAGGCGGUGAAUGAGGUGAAGCGUCAGGCCAUGGAUGAGGUCCAGAAAGCAGUAGCAGAGGCUGAACAGAAGGCUUUUGAGAUGAUUGCUGCAGAGAGGGCUAAGAUGGAAAAGACUCUGACUGAGGCAAAGAGGAAGGCUCAAGAGGACGCCAUCUUGGUCAUCAACGAGCAGGAGGAUUCCAGCGAGUGUUGCUGGAAUUGUGGCCGUAAAGCUAGCGAGACGUGCAGCGGCUGCAACGCCGCUCGCUACUGCGGCUCCUUCUGCCAGCAUAAAGACUGGGAGAGGCAUCACCUCAUCUGCAGCCCAGGACUUCAAGCUCAACCAAAACCAGUUUCUGCCAUCACUGCAAACAGGGUCGCCACUGUGGCCUCGGCGGCGGCAGCAGCCGGGGUGUCUCCUCUCGGUCUUGCCGGGGUCAAGGCCCCCGACAGUGUGCCCUCAGUCUCCAGUCCUGGUGGAGAGAAGGCUUCGGUAGCUUCACGCUCCUCCACUCCUUCCACCCCCGCCUUGGCGCCUGAGACCAACGGACACUAGGGGGUGAAGGACAUCAGUGGAGGCCAAUUCACCUGUCCUCUUAAUGGGGAAGAACUGAAUCAGCAGCAAGAAGGAACUAUUUGUGUGUUAAGUUAACAGAUUUUUUCAUCAUACUCUUUGCCAGAUAAAAAAAAGACAGAUAAUGGAUGACUGUUAUGAAUGAUAUGUCAACUGGGACUUUGGCAUAGAACAGAAGGACUCGUCUCCAAUGCAUCUAUUGGAUGAACAGAUCUCCCUAACAGAUGGAAACGUGUUUGUCUUCGCCCAAAACCCCAAAUCUUGGAUCUGCGAGGCUCAGAAAAAAAAACAACUGACGAUUGAUCUGAAUUUAUCUCUGGCUGCGGGGAGGAAGUAAUGAAAGGAAGGCAUAUGUGAAAACACAGUGGAGAUUAAAAAAGGGAGGUAUAAAGACACCUCCCCCUCGACCCAAUAUUCUUACUUUGUUGUGUAUAAAUGUAAGAUAGAGAGGUGGAGGUGGUGGUGGUGGUGGAAAAUGUAAACAGUGUAAUAGUACCAGCCAUAAAGCCGUCUGUCUUCGUCCUGUAGGAAAAGUCUGACAGCAGACCACAUAGUCGUCUGUGCAGCUCUCCUGUAAAAAUACAUAUUUGCUUGCCAACUUCUUGUAAGGUUUUCAUAUGUAUGAAUGUGUGUGUCAAAUGGUGGUGCCGUCAGUGGAUAUUGUACAGCAUAUGAUUUACUUUUGUCAAAGCAAUAUUAAAGUGAAGUGUUCAGGUAUCUCAAGCCGUUUCUGCAUCACCAAAGUUUUCAGUCGCUAAAGAGAGUUGUUGUCAUUGCCUGUUAACUGUCUCUUGUGAACAAGAGAUGAUUAUACAUACCCUACAUUAUUAUAAUGAGCUUAACAAGGUAAUCUGGUCACUGUUUUUCCAUUUCUGAUCAAAUGGCAUCUUCAAAGAAAAAAAUAUAAAGGUGAUGGUGAUUGGCUCAAGUAAGUGCAGGGAGAUGUAGUUAAGACUUUCUUCUGGUUGCAGUUUAAUUCUUUGGCACUUGUUCACAUCACCAGUUGUGUAUGGCAGGGUCAGAUGUUGCUCCAAAGCUUCCACCAUUGCAAUAAUUGCAUCAGGUCACAGGAGUGGGUUAUAAUACAGAUUUUUUUAAAGUAGUGAUUUCAACAAAAGGAGCGAUAAGGGAUGACAAAUGAAAUCCAUUUCACUUUGAAGGGAGAAAAUUCUCCCUGGUGCUUGCAUUGCCGUGGAGUGGGUUUGGAGCAACGACUCUGUCCCACAGAGAAUCUCAGGAGCUAAAGCGUAUUUGUAUGUACAGAUCAUUCUGUCCUUUUUAUUUUUUCUCUUCUGUCACAGUUAGGUUCAAGUCAAAAGUUUAGUGAGGAACUUUGAUUUAUCGUACUCUGCUGUUGCAACUGAGAUGUUGUUCUUGUUUUUGUUCGUUGUAAGAUGACUUUGUAAAGAAUAUUAUGAGAGGAUGCCUUUAUUUUGUGAGCCACAAUUUUCUUCGUUCUUUAAACACGUUCUUUUGUUAUGAGGCAUAUCUUCAUAUGAAAAGAUAUCUUGACAUGAAGUAUGAAAUAAAGAAAUUGCUUCUAAAUUGUU